AUGGUCAUCAAAGCCGAUCCCUCGCGAAACUACUAUGCCGACCUAAAGGUCCCCACCAACGCCAGCGAAAACGAGAUCCGCAAGGCCUUCCGGACGUUGGCGCUGCAGUACCACCCAGACCGAAACCCUGGGCGCGAAGCCGAGUUCGUCAUUCGCUUCCAAGAAAUCCAGGCCGCCCACGAGAUACUGUGCGAUGCACCUUCGCGAGCAAAGUACGAUUCCGACAGAAGGAAACAUCGCAAUACCUCUGCUCCUGGCAACACACCGAAUCAAACGAGAACGAGACCACCGCCGCCCCCACGGAACGCAUACUCUACUACCGCCCCUCAGGGAACCUACUAUCGUGCUCCUCCUCCGAAACCUCAGCCUCAGCCUCAAGCACAACGCCCGCAACCACAACACCACAGCACAUACAACAACGGUGCGGACAGAUUCACCAACAGGAACUUCCGCCCGCCACCAACGGCGCAACGACCGGACGCAAAGGCAAGAGAUGCCGAGGCUCGGGCCAAUGUCUUUACAGCAUGGCAGAAGAUGAAGCAGCCGCGGGGUGAGGACCCUCGGCAACACAACCCAAGUGCUCAGAGUAGUUCGCAGAGCAACCCGCAGAACAAUCCCAACGGCACCCCCUUCGGGCGCAGUCAGAGUACAAGAGUCCCUUCCUCCAAAACAGGAUUUGACCCCUCAACACCAGGCGUCGAUGAAGGCCAGGCACGGUCAGCGUAUAGGAACUAUGCCCGUCCGGCUCCAACACCACCCACGUCUACAACUCCUUCAAAAGACAGCCAAGCCGACGAUGCCCCAUUCUCCGAAGCAAACCGCGUUCGCACACCAUACUACUCUCAUGUAGCCGGCGAGCGCACUUCCAUGUUUGAAGGAAUCGGAAGGUCCUCUAGUGUGCGGAACUCACCAACUCAUUCGAAUAGAGCAAGCCAUUCUACAGACGCUGGUGCAUACUCAGACUCGGGUCGCAGAACACAGGGCAAGAAAGCCAACGCAAAGCCAAAUCCUUUUGCCCACGGAUAUCCGGACUCUAGCGAUGAAGAUUCGGAUUCAGAUUCAGAUAUGAUCAACAGCAGGAGCAAACACCGUGACCCGCCUCCUCCUCCACCGCCGCAGAAUACAAGACCGCCUCCUCCAACCUGGGCAGAGAGCAAUUUCGCGACCCCUGAUCCAAAACGGCAGAGCAACGGCGCGGCGGGGAACAUACCCAACAGCUUCAAAAGCAGGAGUGAAGAAAGCAUCAAUAUGAAGUUCUCGCCUUCGGACUGGCAUGGCAAGUUCGAAGGCAGUGAUAGUUACUUUGCUCCUAACAUGCAAAAAGGUGCCAACGGGAAAGGCCGAGCCUCUCCAACCCGCGGUAGAUCACAACGAAAUGCAACGGAUCGAAACCCGUUCAGCACACGGCCAAUGCCGCCUCCAGUUUCGCCAUUCGGGCAGCCGAUACCUCCACCUCCUCCGGGGCCACCGCCUGGCAUCAACUUCGCUCCGCCAAAGAUGGCGCCACACACUGCCAAGUUCAGUCCUCAAGACUGGCAAGAGACGUUCAAAGACCCGAACUGGGUAUAUACCGACGCGAAGGAGACAUCGCCCCGUCGGCCGUCAGAGGCUACAAAAAGGCCGAAAGCUGCACGAAAGGCAUCUGUGCAACAGAAUGGAGCUUCGAAGGCGCAGGAAUCGACCGAUGCGUCACGAUCCAAGCACCAAGCCUUUGUUGAAGAGCCAGUCAACGGCGACGUAGAUGCUAUGGACAUUGACUCCGGGCCACCAUCAAACGCAAAGCCAGCUAAGAAAGGCACACGCACGGCGCCGUCGUCGCCGAAGCUGAACACAUCGGGUGUAGGUGCCAUGCCAAAUGGCUCUGCUACUGCGCCUUCUUCCGCUUCUACCGCAAAACCGCCUGGUGGAGGACUGAACAGUCUCGGUCCAGACAUGAUAAAUCCGGUUGUCCAGCCUCAAACUAACGGACUCUCUGGCAUGGGCUCCCUUGUAGACGCAAUCCCAUUCCCAUCCCAGGCUUCCAACUCACAUCCCGUCAAAGCCAACGCUGCAAAGAACCUCAAGUAUCCCGAAAUACCUUAUGCACCUGCCCCACCAGCCAAGGUAGAUUUGGACUCUGCAAAUUCCUAUUUCGACCGCAUGCGCACCUACGUCAAAGCAUACCGAAACUACUGCAAGAUCCUUACUGGCCACUUUGCCUCGCGAAGCAAUGAGAUGGAGGACCUAGACGAUAAUUUUAUCCACAACCGCGGCGAGACAACGAAGAAGCUUGGAUUCGCAAGUUAUCUGGCUAAGAUGGAGGAAGACGAGAGUGUCAUGGAGACAUGGAAGCUUGCACAGGAACGCCACAUUAUUGCGCUGCAACAGUGUGAGGAUGUGCGGAACAAGACUAUGAAGCUGUACCAGACCCUGCAGACCUGA